AUGGACGUCCCCUCCGACCAUAUUCCUUACCUGAAGAAAGUCUUCAACAGACUCGAGAUUGGGUUGGCUGGCUUCCUUCAAGCUUCCGCACCUGAUUGGAUCAUUUACGACUUUGCUCCUCACUGGUUGCCCCCUAUCGCCACCAAACUCGGCAUGGAUGAUGAUGAUAAGGACAGAGUCAAUCCAGCGAUUACCGAGUCGAGCUGGACAUUCGGUGUUGCCACCAUGGACGUCCCCUCCGACCAUAUUCCUUACCUGAAGAAAGCCUUCAACGGACUCGAGACUGGGUUGGCUGGCUUCCUUCAAGCUUCCGCACCUGAUUGGAUCAUUUACGACUUUGCUCCUCACUGGUUGCCCCCUAUCGCCACCAAACUCGGCAUGGAUGAUGAUGAUAAGGACAGAGUCAAUCCAGCGAUUACCGAGUCGAGCUGGACAUUCGGUGUUAACUCGGACAGUGUUUACUUCUUCGACAACGAUAGAGACAACAGUAUACUGAGCGAAUUUGGUUGGAAUCUUCGGCCCGAGUCGGCUAUUUUCUUCAACGAGAAAUUAUUCGGUGGAUUAAGCAAGCUCCUGGAUUUUCUCUGGGUUGUGGAGUCCAGAGAAAUUCUCUGGGUUAAGAGAAUUUCUCUGGAAAUAUUUGAUCGAUAUGAUGACAAUGACUUGGCAAAUGGUCAUGAUCCGGUGCUGAAGAAGUUGCAGAACUCUCCUAUUAAUGGAAGACUGAAGCGGAAAUAUAAAGGCCACGAAUUGGAGACGAAACACAAUGGUAGAAAGAAUUUUGAAUUUUGUGCUUCCAGAGACCCUGUUUUAUUUACAUAUUCAUGGGACAUAACUGCUUGUUGA